AUGGUUUGCUGUUUUCCUGCUGGGAAGGGAGAAAACCUCAUAGCUUACGCUUUUGAUAUUAUCGAUAAUGAAAAGUUCUGGGUGGAACACUCAGGAUGGUUGGAAAGUCUAGGCUACAAGUUAAGGUCGCGGUAUCAGCCAGAUAAACCGCCACCCCAGCUACGACCUUUCAGCGAGGCCUUUUUCGAUGCGGAAGAAGUUCCUAUAUUCGGAUCGCUCAUUGACGCUUUACGAAUUUCUGACAAUAAACCUGUAAUGCUCAAGAAAGUCUCGCGAGUUAUUCAUCCUCAAGAAGUCGAAAUUGGUUUAUAUUUCUCAAAUGAUUCAAUAGCAGCAGAACCUCGCAACCACUGUGUCCCUAUAUACGAUGUCAUUCCUGUGCCAAAUAGUGAAAUGGACUUGAUUGUGAUGCCGGUUUUGAGGCCGUUCAAUGAACCAGAGUUCGACACCAUGGGGGAAGCCAUCGCUUUCAUGCAACAAUUGUUCGAGGGUAUCCAAUUUAUGCAUGAACAUCUUGUUGCCCAUGGUGAUUGCACAGAGAUGAACAUCAUGAUGGAUGGUACCCAGAUGUUUCCAGAGGGCUGGCAUCCAAUAGAUCCCUGGAAGGCAAAAGACAACCCCCUUCGCUCAGCUAAGCGUACUGGAUUUCGAAUGCACUUUUGGCCGAAAUACUACCUGAUUGAUUUUGGCCUUUCCCAUAUGUACAGCAAUAAAAGCACAGCCCCCCCAUUGGAAAGGAUUCUGAGAGGAGGCGAUAAAUCAGCCCCCGAGCACGCACAAAAGUACAAACAUGCCAAUCCUUUCUCAACAGAUAUAUACUACAUCGGUAAUCUCAUCCGUCAAAAUUUCACUGAGGUAUUGCUUUGUUGUAAACGGUUUGCUUUUUUGAAACCGCUUGUUGAUUCUAUGGUUCAAGAUGACCCCGUCAAGCGACCCACAAUUGAUGACGUGGUCAUGCAAUUUGAUGCUCUUGUUCGAAAGCAUCAAAGAUGUUUUAACUUCAGGGCAGCGCCGUGCGACUUGGACCAAUUCUACUCGACUGAACGCAUUUCCGCAACUAUUCGGCGAUUUACCAAGUAUCUGCUUCCGAGACGUUCCUUGCCUGUGCUGUCACAACCUCAAAAGCGCUUAUCACCUGAAUUACGCUGGAUGUACUCGGGGUCUCCCACAGAAUAUCCGGAAGGUCAGGAGCGUCCCAUCUUUCUAUAUACAAAUGAGGUGGACUAG